AUGCAAGGUGUUUCUAUAUUUGAUGAUGAUAAAUCAGCUUUGGACAAGAUGCAAAACUCUUUUAAGAAUCUUCUUUUUGAAAUCAUCUACUAUUUAAUUUCUGGUGAGAACUUCCCGCUUUUUCUUUACAUCUUUUUUGUUCUGAUUGAGAGCUUCCAAGUGUUUUACUUUGCUUUUAGUGAUGAAGUAUACAUAUAUUCGUGAUUAUGAUAGUUUUUAUCAUUAUGGAAGGUGAAAUCAUGGUCGGAGUCAUUUCAAUCAUUUUUUGGGUACUUUAUGAUUUCCCCAUACCUGAAGAACGUGGAAUUUCAAAGCUUCAUUUUAGUGCUCUACAUCAUCAUGGGGUUCUUCCUGUUACUAAUAAUUUUAAUCAUUUUCAUUGCAAUUAAAGCAUAAACCACGUCAGUAGGUAAGUUGAGUGGACCAUUGGUUGUCCUCAAAAUAUUUUUUGAAGUCCUCAACUACAUUUUCUUUAUGCCUGCCCUGCAUCUCUUUUUGACUAUCUUCUAUUGCGACUCAGGGACUGGAUAUCACAAAUAUUAUUCGGAUUAAGAGUGCUACACUGGAAAUUACUUACUUCACGCAUUUUUAUCAGCCAUCGCCGCAUUCAUUUUGAUUUGCAUCAGUGGAUUGGUUACGAUGACAUUUUAUGAAUCUCGAUUCCAACCCAAUAAUCCACUUUGCAAGACAUCAGGCAGAGAUGAUAUGAAGUUCUUAAUUUUUAAAAUCAUUUUAGUAUUAUGUUUCACUUUACUGAAUGUAAGUGAAUUAAGAAUCUUAGUGGUCAUCAUAAUAACACUAUUCGCAGUCAUUUAAUUUUUCUCAUUCAACAAAUCAAGUGUCUAUCUUAAUUACUACUAUUCAAAAGUAUUGAACUCACAACAUGCCAUAAUCAUGUGGACAAUUUGUAUGAUCAUUUUUGGUAUCAUCGUCGAAGAGACCUAUUAUGAAGGUGCACCUUAUUUAUGGGUCUUUGGAAGUCCCUUAUUGCUAUUGAUCGUUAUGCUUAGGAAGGAGUACAGAUAUGAUAUAAUGAUGAUUGACUCAAAUAAAUUUGAUUCACUAAAUUAAGCAAUUCAACAGUUGCAAUAUUUAACCAAAUUUUUGAAUUACUAUCAUACAGAUAGAAACAUAGCCACUUUAUUGGAUGGGUUUGUAGAAUACCAUAGGACAAUUUGCAAAAGAGAAGACUGUCCUUGCUAAGCCAAAAACAUGGGGAAUAAGAAAAUUGCUAAGUUCCAGAAGAACUUUAAAUUGUAAAAUUAGGAUGAUGAAAUUAAAGAGUAGUAUGUGGUGUUAGUCUACAUUAUUGAAAGAAUAUUUACCUUAUCCUUAACCAGAUUUCCCAAUUGCACAGAAUUACGAAUUUCUCAUUCUUUAUUUUUGAUGGAGAAAAUGCAAUCGAAUCAACAAGCAUUAUAAGAAUUGGUAGCAGCAGAAUAAGAGAAGCCAUAUGUCGAUGAAUAAUUCAUUAUCUACAGAUUAAAGAAGUUGAUAGAAGAGCAAAUGUUUGAAAAUUCAAAAUCAUCUAAAAAUCCAGCUGCCGGUAUUGAUGCAGUAAAUGAAUUGACAACUGAAAAUAAUCUAAGGGAGAUUAGAGCAUAAAUUGAAAAGUCAGCCUCACAACAUAUAGAAUUUUGGUCUCAAUUGAGUGAGGAUACCCCAGAUCUAGGAAAAUUGUAUGAUGUUGGAACUAGAAUGAUGUUUAUAGAUAAAAUGUUGGAAGACUCAUGGAAACGAAUCAUUAAAAUGAAUCUAGAUGUUCCUCCAAAUUUGAUGAUGAUUUAUUCGAGAUAUCUAGUGGAUAUUCUGUAUGAUAAAGAAUCAGCUGAAGAAGUAUUGGAAAGAUUGAAGAACUUUUAUUCAGUCAAUAUGGACAGAGGCAAAAUAACUAACAACAUCAAUGAUUUUCCUAAUGAAUCCACUGCGUUAAUUAGUAUUUCAGCUGAAGAUGUGACUUUUGGUAGAAUCAUAGGAUUGAAUAUGUCAGCAUCCAAAAUGUUUGGAUAUUCUAAGAGUGAAUUGAUAAAUAGAAAAGUUAAUAUCUUGAUGCCUAAUGUAUUUGCUUAAUCACAUGAUUAAUUUAUGGAAACAUACUUGUAAACUUACGAAAGCAGAAUAAUGAAUAGAGAAAGAAUGAUUAUUGGAAAAUCGAAGAAUGGAUAUAUAUUCCCCUUCUUUAUCUAUGUGAGAUAUGUCCCAUCAUUUAUACAUGGUGCCUAGUUCUUUGGAGCCAUGAGACAAGAAAAAGUAUUUAAAAAUGUAGCGUUUAUGAUUGUGAAUGGAUAGACUCAAGAGAUUGAAAAUAUUUCAGCUACUUUUAUUACGAUGUUUCAUAUAGAUCUUAAUUACAUCACAAAAAAGAAGACUAAGGUUACAGAUAUAAUACCUAAUUUCUAAGAAAACAUCACUGAGUAUUUGAAUAAAACAGGAGCAGAAGCAGAUAUCAAUUUUAAGAAUAGAGACUAAUCAGUUUAGGGCAAAUUUAAUAUAACGGCUGGAGAGAUCAUGUUUAGAGAUUCUAAAUUACAAGGGUAUAUAAUCAAGAUUGAAAACAACAAAUAGGAGAAAUCCUUUCUCAAUCCUAAUGAUUAAUCUUAAUAAAAGAAAUAAUAAUCAUAAACCAAAUUCUAUUUCUAAUUUGAUUAGGCUCAACACUAGUAUGUUGGAGAGUAUUCAGGAGAUUAGAAUUUCUAGAUGUCUGCUAUUUCAAGUGUGAAACAAGAUGAGACCUUUGAUUACUCACAAAGAGAACCUUUGAAGGAAGAUGAAAAGACACCUUCUUCCAAUGUCGGAGAAAAGGAUGAUAAGAUUGAUUUAGCUUUGGGAAUCAGAACAAUGAAAUACAUCAAUGGAUAACUUUUUGAUAUUGAAGAAUUUAAGAAUCAAGAUUCAGAUGAGGAAGAGGAAAAUGAACAAAAAAAAGGAGCAGGAAAUGCAGGAAUGCAAUAAAUAUAAAAAGAAGACGAUGAAGAUGAAGUAGAAGGAGGUCAUGCUAACAUUUAUAAAUCUAGAAGAACUUUUGUUCAAUUCCUAUAAGAAAGUAGAAAUGUCAAUUAAACCAGCAUGAUUUGUUUUAAAUGGAGUGCUGCUGUAUUAAUUAUCUGUCUGGGUGUUUUGGGAUUACUUGAUUAUGUAUUGACAUAAUAGUUAUUUUCUGAUAUCCAAGAAGGAUACAUAAUGAUGCAAGAUUCUAAUAUAAGAGUAGCCUUAGGUCAAAGAAUACAAUGGUAGAUUAUGGAAUUGUGCAGAUUGAAUAAAAUCAAUGUUUUAGCCACAGAUGAGAAAGUAAAAACAUAAUUGACAAAUAUGAACACUACAAUAAGUGAUUUGAAGGAUAUCCAAUCUAAAAUUCAAUCCUCUACUGAAGUAUCAGGUAGACAAGAUGAAUUAAUGACUACUAAUACUAUUAAGAUGAUUAGUAAGGAUACCAGUGGAACUGAAAGCAAUUAAUUAGUGGAUAUCAAUCAAGGAACUUCAUAGAUCAUUUCUAAAGCAUUUGAAGUUAUGAAUUUUAAUAUACAAGAUUUUACUCCUGAGGCUGAUUCUAUCUUUUUCAUUAGGUAUAAUUUGCUCAAUGAUUAUUAUCAAGCAACAUUGGAGAGUGCAGAUCUUUAUACAAAUCAACUUAUAAACUUAGCUUAUGAUUCUAAUGUAUUACUUGUGCUUCUUAUUGUUGCUUGUGUAUUUACUGUCAUAUCCAUACCGUGGAUUGCUUGUGCCUUUAGUUUGGUAUCCUAGAAUCAAGAAGAGGUCAUUAAGUUAUUCUUAGAGAUUCCUUUAGCUAAAGUUAAGCAAUUGUUUGCUAAGUGCGAAGCCUUUUCGAAUACUCUAUAAAUAGGUGAAGAUGAAGAUGCAAACCAAGAGAAUGAUGCAUCGUUUGAGGAAAAUGAGGAAGGAGAAGGAGUGGUGGAGGAAUUUGGAAGAAGAAAGAAAAGAAAGAAGUACAAGUAUGAUUCCAAAGAUAAACGUAACUUUUACAUUAAAUUCAUCAUUUCAAUGGGAUUGUUGAUUGCUUAUUUUAUUGCUCAUUAUCUUAUUGGUGCUAAUUUACAAAGUUCAAUGUAAUAACUGAUUCAGGAAAUGAAUGCCACUUCACUUGCAGUUCCUUCAAUCACGUUUGCUAAUAAUGUGUUUAGACAAAUGUUGUGGGACUCUGCCUUCCCUGUUAAAAAUAAUGUUUCAAAGACUAUUUCCACAGAUUUUGUUAAAGACUUAUACAACCUUAAUACUAACAUGCAAAAGGAUCAUUCAUUAAAUUUGGGUUAUCACAAUACACUUUACAAUGAUUACUUUGAUUCAAUCAUGAAAGCGGGAGCCUGUGCAUAAGUCAUCCAAGUUGCUCCUGUGGAUCUGGCUACUUGCUAAGCAUUUGUUAAAGGAAUUGUAGAUGAAUCUCUAGCCUUGGCUCUAUCCAGACAUUUUGAGAAUCUCAGAUAUUUACUCACUGUCUAUGAUUCCCUCCUUAAUGAUUCUACAUCCACCACUAUUUCAGGAACCACCUACAAUUUCACAGAUAACCUAUAAACUAAUAAAAUAUUAUCUCUAAUGUAUACAGAUAUUGCUGCCGUUGAAAUAAGUACAUUAUUCUUCAUAAAAUUAGAUUAAAUGCAGGACAUUUAUAUUAGGUCUAUCUUCCAAUAAUUAUUGGUUACGUUUAAUCAGAGUCUGCAAAAAGACAUUGAUACCAAUACAACUACCACCGUCACCAUUUUCAUAGUUUUCUUAGUUGUCUUAGUCCUCGUGUAUUUAUUAUUCUGGUGGCCCAUUGCUAACAAAAUUAAUAAUGAAGUAAAUAUAUGUAUGCAAUCUUUUAGAUCAGAAGAACAACCUUGCUAUUAUCAAUGAUACCAUUGAAUCUCAUCCAACGAAUAAAAGCCAUCAGAGAAUAUUUAAAUAGGAUUCAUAAAGUGGAUCAAUGA